UAUCAAUACCUGUGUUGGGUAUGGGCAUGUCUGUGUUUUGUGUUCCAGUACAUAAGCUUAUGCUUCAUUCGAAGUUGUUUGAAGGAGAAGUAAGGAUGGGUGUCAGACCUGCGCUACCUGUGGUUGGUGUCACAGUUAUAUUGGGGAACCAUAUAGCUGGAGGGAAAGUCUGGCCUGAUAAACCAGAAUCUCCAGUUAUUGUUUCAGUACCUUUGGUCAGCAGUGGUCCUGACGAAAAUGAAAAAUCACACCCAGAAGUUUUCCAAGCAUGUGCUGUGACACGAGCAAUGAAAGCAUCCAGUGAUGAUCAUCAGGAUGAAAACUUUGGAAAAGAUACACAGACAUCCUCUUUUUGUUGGUCUAAUAUUCCUUUGUCUAUUUCACAGAGUGAUUUGGGACAGGAGCAAAGAUCUGACCCCACAAUACAGCAUUUGUUUCAGUCUGCAUUACCUGCUGAGGAGAUGCAGAACCAUGCUCAUGGCUACUUUGUUGAGAACGAGGUUUUGAAGCAGCUACACAUUCAGCAUAAUCAAUCUACAGCAUAUCACGCACAGAGCCAAGGAGCACUGGAGCGCUUUCAUCAGACAUUAAAAUCUUUACUCCGUGCUUACUGUGUUCAGAUGAAGGCUGAUUGGGAGGAUGGUCUGCCUUGGUUAUUACUUGCAGCAAGAGAAGUAACGCAAGAAAGUACGGGCUUUAGCCCUAAUGAAUUAGUAUUUGGUCAUACUGUGCGUGGUCCAUUAACAGUUUUGCGAGAUGAGUGGAAAGAUGCUGAACCACCACAAAACUUGUUGCAUUAUGUUAAUGGGUUUAAGCAGAGACUCUUUACUGCAACGCAGAUGGCAAAUAAGAACCUAUCAUCUGCACAGGAAAAAAUGAAGUGCUUGUAUGAUAAGAAAGCUGAACAUCGUGUUUUUCUUUCAGGUGAUCAAGUUCUGGCUUUACUUCCUGUUGUGACUUCACCAUUUCAGGCCAAGUUUUCUGGCCCACACACAGUUUUGAAACGGCUUUCCGACCAAAACUAUCUCAUUGCAACUCCAGAAAGACGGAAGAAACAGCAGACGGUUCAUUUGGUCUUCUCACCUGGAACAACUCACAACUUUGUUUGA